CAAUCCGUCGAUCUGUACUCUGAUCACCCCGUGCUAGAGCAGACAAAGAGACUCUUCCUGUCCGAAAUCAUCAUCGCCUCUCCAGUCUGCUUCCUGACAACCUCGAUCCAGUCGAACCUAUCUUGUGCUGGUGUAAAUCAAUCCAUACACUCAUUCUCUACCUUUUUCAUCCCAUGCCACACGCAGAAAAAGACGUCAUGGGCGAGCCAGUUGUCAACGGAGAUCACCCUCAAUCCCAAUUCAUCAACCACCUCGCCUCAUAUCCCUUCGUCUCCGGAUCCCUCGAGAACAUAAAGGCCAAUCCCUACGGCCAGAAAUCGCUCGAGCUCGCCGACCAAGGCUACUCCCAGUUCGCCAAACCUUUCCUCCCCUACCUCGCCAAACCGUACGGCUACGUAGCCCCGUACGUCUCCAAAGCCGACGAGCUCGGAAAUGAGGGCCUCAACCGCAUGGACAGCACCAUCCCCGCCGUCAUCCACGCCUCGGAGAAUAUCAAAGAGACCAUCAGAGGAUACGUCUCUGCCCCUUUCCGCCUUGCGGAGGACGGGAAGGGCUACGUUCUCGAGACCUAUUCGUCUGAGCGAAAUGCGGUCGGAGACGGUUCCUUCUCGCGCAGCAAAGCUGCUGUUUCAACUGGCCUAAGGCUCACCGCGGAUUCCUGCCUGUGGCUUCGGGGAUACCUGAUCCCUGAAGCGAAAACCAACGAGGCCGCGAAGAACGGAAAGCCUCGUCGAAACGGCGAGAAGGCCAAGCCUGCCAAAAGUUGAUUGACCAUGGCGUCUUCACAUAUCUACAUUCUGGUUUUGUACCUCGUCGUCCUCGCUGUCUGGGUUGGAUUUAUUUAGAACUUCAUGGUCUAGAUUGCAAAAUCUGAGUGUACUGGGAUCUGGUUUGUAUUCCUUUUUUUCUUUUUUCUUUUUUAGCUGGCUUGAGUUUUGCAAUCGCUUCUUGUCUCCGGUUAGUUAUCUGGGCUGGGUUCCUUUUUUUUCUUUUUUUCUUUUUCUUUCUUUUUUCUUUUUUUGGAGUGCAAGAAAAAAAAAGUCAUCGAAACAUAUCAUCCCAUCUUCAAUCCAUUCGUUCUUCUUUCAUCUUUCAACAGUUAUCGCCCUUUCUAGUCGAGAACCCCUUUCCCGCCUCUCCCUAUCAGUAUGUAUGUACUAUACAACUCCCCUGGGCGGCUU